AUGCAUCUCUUCUUUUUCUUUCUGUGUCUCUCUUCGCGUUCUCCUCUUUCUGCGUGGCUCUGUCUCUGUUUCUGUGGCUCUGUCUUCUUCUCUCUCUGUCUCUCUGUCUCCCUCUUCCUCUCUCUCUGUUUCUGUGUUUCAUUUCUCUCUCUCUUUCUCUGUCUCUGUCUCUGUCUCUGUCUCUGUCUCUGUCUCUGUCUCUGUCUCUGUCUCUGUCUCUGUCUCUGUCUCUGUCUCUGUCUCUGUCUCUCUCUCUCUGUCUCUGUGUGUCGCAUUUCCUGUCGAAAGGGCAGUGGGGGGCCCAAAGUGUCGAAGAGAGCGUGCAAGAUGGCCGACGACGCAGGAAAUACGGAACUCAAGUUCCGGAAGAAGAAGAAAAAGUCCAACACCCGCCAGCGCGAAAAGGUUUCCCUGGAAGAGCUUGUCAGUCAUGAUGCCGAAGAAGAGACCAAACUGCAAGAGGCCCUGGAGGAUCAGAAGAUGCGGCGCCGCACCACCGGCAUUGACGCCACCGGUGAAGUGCCCGAUAAGACAAGCAACACAAAGACAGACAAGCCCGAGGGAUGGAGUUUGACGGCAGGCGGCCUCAUGCCCAAAGGGCCCAUCAUCCAGGAUCGCGACCGCGAUCGCGACAACGAGGAUGCGCGCAUCAUGAAGGGCAUCGAUGCCACCUUCUCCUCUGGCACGGGACAACGUGACCAAGACGCUGAAAUGCUGAAAUAUAUUGAGGAUCGGUUGCAAGAGGAGCGCGGUGAGGCGCAAGACACCAACAGCGCAGCUUCAGAGUAUGAGCGACGCAUCAAGGAGCUAUAUGCGGUCCCCGAGGCUUUUCAGGUCGAGAAGCGCCCCGAAGUGGAUGAAGAUGCUGCCGUCGCCAAUGCGGGCAUGCUCUCCACCUCCCUCCUCUCUGGCAUUCCGGAAGGUACCACCCUGAUCCGUUCCUGCAGCAGCCAACCCUGUGGUUCCCUGUCGCCCCACUCGCGCAAACCCUCCGAAAAAAGACCAUUGCUAACCCUCCGAGAAAAGACCAUUGCUCUCGGCAAGAUCAUGGCUCAAUCCUGUGCUGUGCCCCGACUCGGUGUAGUGGACCUUCAAUCCCAGCAAGACUUACUCGAGGAAGACAACACCAAGGGUCGGCGCCGGGCAGGCAAACGUCAGCAGGAGGAUAAUACCCGCCGAGCUCGCCUGGCCAAAAUGGGCAACCAUGCCUACGCCUCGGAGCUCAACUACAGUAGUGCCCGCUUUCGACGAGCCAUGGCCGUACCGCAUUCGCGUCGGACGCGGCACUUCACGGCACCACCCCCCGAUGCCGUCAAGGACAGCUCGCGGGCCUUUAUGGCCGCCAAGCGCAAAGCGCUCAUGAGCGUGUGGAAGCCCGUGAGGGAUGAUUUUCUCUUUUCUCCCACUUGCCGUCACCAGUAUCACUCAAUAGCUGAAUUGGGAGUGUAG